UUCACUUACCCACUUUCGUUUCGAUGCAAAAGGAAAACAAAAUAGAGGAUAUAAAUAAGCAGUUUGUCAAAAUAUAUACGAGUUAAUCGCAUUAUUGACAUCUAAAUAAUAAUAAUUGUUGUUUUAGUGCAGUGUUUCGUACAAAUGGUAUCUAAAUUGUUUGUUUUUGAAUCGACAAGAAAAUUCUAUCAUUGUGCCUCCUUCGGAUUUAUGACCCUGUUAUUAAAGGCAUCAAUUCGAUAAUGUUCCACUAGAUAAUUCAACAUUGCUUUCUGGUUUGUGUGCGACAACAAACAAUCCAUCGAAAAGCUAUUAAGUAUGGUAAAUUCAUGACGAGCUUGAACUAGUCGCGCCCGAAACGAAACGAUUCCCCUUCCCUCUCGCCCUCGCCCUCAUAAAAAAUGAGCGACUCCGAUAAGAAAUGGGCCUGCGAGUAUUGCACGUACGAAAAUUACCCUUCCGCUAUCAAAUGCACCAUGUGUAGGGGCCCCAAGCCCUUCGUCAACGAAGAUAUUUACAGGUUACACGGAGAACAAACCAACGUAGAAGAAAAGUUUUGCUCGACCAUCGGAACGGCCGCAGGGCCGGUGGAAAACCGAACCAAAUGCGUGAAAUGUACUUACAAUCUAUCCGGAAUUUGUAUCGUUUGCGGCGCCGCUUCGUUGUCCGAUCAAAACCUCCACGAACACCUGCCUCCGUUGAGGAUCACUCCGAACUCCGAUUUAGCCCAGAGCCUGUCUCGAUCGAGGAACAACAGCCCGCCCGCCAGUUUGACCAACAUAGAAAACUCGCGCAGGUCUUCUCAAUCCAAAUGGAUAUGUCCGACUUGUACGUACGAAAACUGGCCGAGAUCCCAGAAAUGCGCCAUGUGCGGAUCGAACAUCCAACGGUCUCCGGCAUCUAGUCUCAUCAUCCCGUCGCCAUCGCUCGAGCAUCGCGAGCUCGACCGCGCCUCCGACCUCACUAAAGACGACAGGCUCACGGACUACAUUUUAGAUUCCUGUCAAAGCCCGAACAACCUCGACGGGGACCGCAAGUUGAGGCACCUGCGUCGCCACGCGGACUGGCGCUGGCUGAACGCCUGCGUGGGCGUCAUCGACGGGGACCCCAAUCCGGUGGAGGCGUACCUUUCGUCCGGCGGCGAUCCGGCCCGUACUUUGACGGCUUCGGAGGUGGCCAUUUUGAACAGAAGUUCGGCCUUCGACGUCGGACACACCCUGGUACAUUUAGCUAUAAGAUUCCAAAGGGAAGAUCUGCUGGCCGUUCUUCUCUCCCAAAUAGAAGGCUCCGGAUCGGGCGUGAAGCGCGUCCCGAGCUACGUCGCCCCUGAUAUUGCAGCUGACAUUAGAAGGCACUUUGCUUCGACCGUACGUUCGAGAAAAUCGAAUUUUCCUUGUAAUUUCGUCACCGAAUUUCCCACUUUUACUCUACCGGCCGAAGUGGACGAACUUCCCACGACCGUUCAAGAGCAGCUGUUCAACGAGUUGCUAGACAAAGACGCCCAGGAGCAGCUCGAAGGCGAUCCGGCCGUGAUAAAUUGGUCCUUGGACAUCACUGUGCGAUUGGGCUCGAGAUUGUACGCGCUGUGGAACCGAUCGGCGGGCGAUUGCUUGCUGGAUUCGGUCAUGCAGGCGACUUGGGGCGUCUUCGAUAGAGACAAUAUGCUUCGUAGAGCCCUGGCGGAGAGUCUGGGACAAGGGGGACACAUGUUUUAUCCGAGAUGGAAGGAAUACGAAUCCAGUCACGCUUCAUUUCUUCAAUAUUCAUUGGAGGAGGAGCAAUGGGAGGAAGAUUGGACUAGUUUGUUGUCGUUGGCCAGCCAACCUGGUACCAGUUUAGAACAAUUACACGUUUUCGCUUUGGCUCACGUGCUUCGUCGACCUAUCAUCGUUUACGGUGUUAAAUACGUAAAGAGUUUCCGUGGUGAAGCCAUCGGAUUCGCGCGCUUCGAAGGCGUCUAUUUGCCGUUGUUGUGGGAGCAGAGUUUCUGCAUACGUACCCCGAUAGCUCUCGGUUAUACGAGAGGUCACUUCUCGGCUUUGGUGCCGAUCGAGCCGUACAGUCGAAUAGAUUCCAGAUCGCCGCUCGAGCACAGCAACAUCGUCGAUGCCGAUCAUUUGAGGAGCACUUUCUUGCCGUUGAUGGACAGGGAGAGGAAGAUUUUACCUAUACAUUUUCUCACCGAAUCCGAGAUGGGAAGAGAGGAAGCUAUUUUACGUCAAUGGCUGGACGUUUGCGAGACGGAGAACGGGAUAUUGGUAGCGCAGCAAACGUUACAUAAGAGGCCGUUAUUGGUUGCUCAAAUGGUUGAAGAAUGGUUGAACCAUUACAGAAGGUUAUCGCAGAUGACGUCUGCGCCGUUCUUAAGGCCUCUUCCCAUACAGGAUUAUUCGAGCGAAGGCGACACCGACGACGAAUAGCGAAUUAAUACAAACGAAUCAAGUACGUAGUGAUAAAUUAGUACCUAACGUUGAAAAAUUCGAUCCGGAAUAGACGCAUUAUUAUAGAUAAAUAAAUUAUAAAAAUAAAUAUUAAUUAGUUUUGCGAGCAGAAAUAAUUAUUGAAUUAAAUGGCGUUGAAAUUAAAAUAAUUUAUAUUAUUAUACGAUAUAUUAAUGUGUUGUUUGUUGAAAUUGAAAUAAUCAUAAAGGUGGAUUUAUUUUUUUUGUAAUAAAUUCGAAUUAUGUUAAAUAAACUGUCGAGAGGGUGUGGUAGUUUUUUUAUGCUUUAGUCAAUAAUUAUUUUUGUUGUUUCUUUAUCCACAUUAUUGUAUAUAAGUAGUUGGAGAGAAUGAAAUUGCACUAAGAAUUGGUUCGAUAUUUUCACGUACUUUUUAAUGUAUUCAUAUUUAAAUCAUCGUUGUAUUGUCAUAAUGGUACAACCGGUGAGGGAAGUACCUCAAUAUUUCUGGCUUAUCCUGUACGCACCUAAACGACCACUCGAAAUCUAAAUAUCAACAAAUUACUAAUACAAAAUCCCAUAUUUUUUGGAUAAUAAAAAUAUGAAAAAUAUUACAAAAAAUGUCUUCAAAUCCUAGCAAACGCAGUGUGAAGUAUGCUUAAAGGGACAGUUAAAAUUUAUUGUUGGUUUAAACAUCUAAAACUUACCAAUAUAAUAACUUCCUUAUAUUUAUUAUAAACUUCACACUCCUGUAAUUUGUCAAAUUAUGUAUGUUUUUACAAAAAAUAUAUGUAGAUACUUAAAGCAUGCGUCUAAAAACAUUUUGAUUAUACUAUAUUGCAU